GCCUCCUCAACAGAGAAUAGUGAAAAGGGACAAAGGCAUUUUUUCUUUAAGGGUGGUUUGUUUGUCAUCUCCAUUAAAGAAAGAUUAGGGCUUUGGACUGUUUUAGAGCUUAAAGUACUUUCCAGUAGAACUUUUAUGGCCAAAAAAUAUCUGGGUCCCUUGUCUUUAAUGCAGUCUCUUUGUAAAUCUACUGGAGACGCAUUUCUUGUUUAUUCAUGGGUUUGGUUUUUGUAGCUGUAAUCCAUGUGUAAAUUGAUAGCUUCGUCAGAAUGUUCCAAGCUCUGAGCCCUGCAAGGAAGUGUUUUUGUUGCUUCAAAUAUUGAAUCUUUGGAAGAGUUACUUAAGCUACAUUGUUCAUCAAGCGGGGAUAUUGGCUGUUUCUCAUAAUAUUGAAGAAAGAGCUGCUGUGUCGUGGGUUCAGUUUUCUUUUUUCAGUGGAGCCAUUGAUAGGAUUGGCAUGAAGCUCAUCAAGCUUUUAGUUGCAUCCCUGUUUUUUCUCUCUGCCAUGGGGCAGCUUCCUUCACAGGACAUUUUGGCGCUGCUCGAAUUCAAGAAAGGAAUCAAGCAUGAUCCCACUGGUUAUGUUCUGAAUUCAUGGAAUGAGGAGUCUAUUGAUUUUGAUGGCUGCCCUACUUCUUGGAACGGAAUUGCUUGUAAUGGUGGAAAUGUUGCUGGGGUUGUUCUUAAUAACUUGGGUCUCUCAGCUGAUGCGGACUUGAGUGUAUUUUCAAAUCUCACGAAGCUUGUGAGACUCUCCAUGUCAAACAAUUCCAUGACGGGCAUGAUUCCGAACAAUAUUGCAGACUUGAAAAGCCUUGAGUUUCUAGACAUAUCUAAUAAUCUGUUUUCCUUGUCUUUGCCAACGGGGAUUGGCAGGUUAGCAAGCCUAAGGAACCUCUCAUUGGCUGGGAACAACUUCUCUGGCUCAAUUCCGGAUUCUAUAUCUGGUCUUACCUCAAUCCAGUCUAUGGACUUGAGCCGUAAUUCCUUUUCUGGUUCACUGCCAUCAGCAUUUACAAAAUUAAAUAACCUUGUAUCUCUAAAUCUAUCUUUGAAUGGCUUUAACAAGAGAAUACCUAAAGGUUUUGAGCUAAUUAAUAGUCUUGAGCUGCUUGACUUGCAUGGAAACAUGCUCAAUGGUCAGCUGGAUGUGGAAUUCUUGCUUCUAUCAAGUGCAACCCACGUUGAUUUCAGUGGUAACAUGCUAGUUAGUUCUAGUUCACAGCAGCAAAAAUUUUUACCACAAAUUUCUGAGACUAUCAAGUAUUUGAAUCUUAGCCACAAUCAGCUCAAGGGAUCACUGGUGAGUGGAGGUGAGCCACAGGUCUUUGAAAACUUGAAGGUGCUGGAUCUGAGCUACAAUCAGCUCUCUGGAGAAUUGCCUGGAUUUAAUUUUGUCUAUGAACUCCAAGUCCUGAAGCUCAGCAACAACGGAUUCUCAGGGUUCAUUCCUAAUGGUCUGUUGAAAGGAGAUUCUUUGGUGUUAACUGAACUGGAUUUGAGUGCCAAUAAUUUGUCAGGGCCGAUAAGUAUGAUCACGUCGACAACCCUGCACUUUCUUAAUCUCUCCUCAAAUGGGCUCACAGGCGAGCUUCCUUUGCUGACUGGAAGUUGUGCGGUACUUGAUCUAUCCAAUAACAAAUUUGAAGGAAAUUUAACCAGAAUGGUAAAAUGGGGGAACAUUGAAUUCCUUGAUCUCAGUCAGAACCAAUUAACAGGGCCGAUCCCUGAGUUUGCCCCUCAGUUUUUGCGUUUAAAUUAUCUCAACCUUUCCCAUAAUUCUCUUGUUAGCUCUCUUCCUACUGUUAUCACACAUUAUCCGAAGCUUAGAGUUCUUGAUCUCAGUUCCAACCAGCUAAAUGGUCAUCUUCUAGCUGAUCUGUUGACAAUGCCCACUCUGCAGGAGAUUCAUCUUGAAAAUAAUUUACUGAGUGGUGAUAUUAAGUUUUCUCCUCCUUCCCCUGGAGAAAGCAAUCUUCAGAUUCUUGAUCUUUCUCGUAACCAGUUUAGUGGCUAUUUUCCCGAUCAAUUUGGGGCAUUGACUGGACUUCAAGUACUCAAUAUUGCUGGAAAUAACUUUUCUGGUUCUCUGCCAACUUCCAUGGCUGACAUGAGCUCAAUAAGCUCAUUGGAUAUAUCACAGAACCACUUUACAGGUUCUUUACCAAACAACUUGCCUAACAGCCUCGUAAGCUUUAAUGCUUCAUAUAAUGAUCUUUCAGGGUUUGUCCCUGAAAACCUGAGAAAGUUCCCAAGUUCUUCUUUCUACCCUGGAAAUAAUAAGUUAAGUUUUCCUAGAGGUUCUUCUGGAGGAACCAAUUAUCCAGAUGAAAAUCACAAGAGGAGAUCAAUGAACACUAUUGUCAAAGUGAUAAUUAUAGUUGCAUGUGUGGUUGCUGUUUUCAUUCUUAUCCUUCUUGUUAUCUUCAUACGUUACAUUCGUAUAUCAAGGAGACCUCCACCAGAACACAAAAUAGAUAAAGACAUUCGCCGGCGAGCUCAACCAAACCCCUCCGCACUUACUGGAGCAGAGAGUGGUGGUGUUUUGGUAGUUUCAGCUGAGGAUCUUGUGGCUUCACGGAAAGGAUCGACAUCUGGGAUAAUCAGUCCCGAUGAGAAAAUGGCUGCUGUAACUGGCUUCUCCCCAUCAAAGGCUAGCCACUUCUCUUGGUCACCAGAAUCUGGGGAUUCGUUCAUUGCUGAGCACUUUGCAAGGUUAGAUGUGAGGUCACCAGAUCGAUUGGUUGGUGAGCUUCAUUUUCUCGAUGAUACCAUCACACUGACACCUGAGGAGCUGUCUAGGGCCCCGGCAGAAGUAUUGGGGAGAAGCAGCCAUGGGACUUCUUAUAGGGCAACUCUGGAUAAUGGGGUGUUCUUGACAGUUAAGUGGUUGAGAGAAGGGGUAGCAAAACAGAGAAAGGAGUUUGCUAAGGAGGCUAAAAAAUUUGCAAACAUCAGGCAUCCGAAUGUGGUGGGUUUGAGAGGGUACUAUUGGGGGCCCACACAACAUGAAAAGCUCAUUCUUUCAGAUUAUGUCUCGCCUGGAAGUCUUGCAAGCUUUCUUUAUGAUCGGCCAGGAAGAAAAGGUCCACCAUUAACCUGGGUCCAAAGGCUCAAAAUAGCAGUUGAUGUUGCACGAGGCCUAAACUAUCUCCAUUUUGAUCGUGCUGUACCACAUGGCAACAUUAAAGCAACAAACAUUCUGUUAGAUGGGCCUGAUCUGAAUGCACGCAUUGCUGAUUACUGCCUCCACCGCCUAAUGACCCAAGCUGGUACCAUUGAACAGAUUCUUGAUGCUGGUGUAUUGGGUUAUCGUGCACCAGAGUUGGCUGCGUCCAAGAAACCACUGCCCUCCUUCAAGUCUGAUGUUUAUGCCUUUGGAGUGAUACUGUUGGAACUUUUAACAGGAAGGUGUGCUGGUGAUGUUAUCUCUGGUGAAGAGGGAGGGGUUGAUUUGACAGAUUGGGUGCAGUUAAGUGUAGCAGAAGGUCGUGGCUCAGAUUGUUUUGACCCUGCAAUGACUCCAGAAAUGGGGAAUCCGGCAGCUGAGAAGGGAAUGAAGGAGGUUCUUGGAAUAGCUUUACGAUGUAUACGAUCAGUUUCGGACAGGCCAGGUAUCAAGAACAUAUAUGAAGAUCUUUCAUCUAUUUAGUAUGGUGUGGAUCCAAUGUCUCUGCUCUCUGAGUUUUCCUGGGUAUUUAAUAUCUCAUUGGCCUCCCUUUCUGAAUCCUUGGUGGUGGCAUUUUUGCUUGCUCAGCAAAUUGUAUUAACCAUUGUUGUAAAAUUGGAGCAUACUUGAAUGAAUGGGUACAAAAUUUUAAAGUUGCCACCAUGAGGAGCUAUGACCUUUACUUUGUCAUAUAACUUCCAUUCACACUGACAAAUCCAGUUGGGAGUAACCCAGAAAUAUUCUAGAGGAAAAUGAUCAUUGAAUGGCUA